CGACUGCAUGAGCCGCCGUGAUGGCAGGCGGCCGGAGAGGACUAGUAGCCCCUCAGAAUACUUUUCUAGAGAAUAUUGUCAGACGAUCCAACGACACCAACUUUGUCCUGGGCAAUGCUCAAAUUGUGGACUGGCCCAUCGUCUACAGCAACGAUGGCUUCUGCAAGCUGUCCGGCUACCACCGGGCCGAAGUCAUGCAGAAGAGCAGUACAUGCAGUUUCAUGUAUGGGGAGCUCACGGACAAGGACACGACUGAAAAAGUGCGGAUGACGUUUGAGAAUUACGAGAUGAACUCGUUCGAGAUACUCAUGUACAAAAAGAAUCGAACGCCGGUAUGGUUUUUUAUGAGGAUAGCACCCAUACGGAAUGAACAAGAGAAGGUGGUGCUAUUUCUCUGCACCUUCAGUGAUAUCACAGCCUUCAAACAGCCUAUUGAGGAUGACUCGACUAAAGGCUGGGGCAAGUUCGCCCGACUGACCCGUGCCCUGACCAGCAGUAGAGGGGUACUCCAGCAGCUCCAACCCACCGUCCACAAAGGAGAGAAUGUCCAUAAACACUCGCGCCUGGCCGAGGUGCUGCAGCUGGGUUCGGACAUCUUGCCCCAGUACAAGCAGGAGACGCCCAAGACGCCGCCGCACAUCAUCCUGCACUACUGUGCCUUCAAGACCACGUGGGACUGGGUCAUCCUCAUCCUCACCUUCUACACGGCCAUCAUGGUGCCCUACAACGUCUCCUUCAAGACCAAGCAGAACAACGUCACCUGGCUGGUGGUGGACAGCAUAGUGGACGUCAUCUUCCUGGUGGACAUCGUGCUGAACUUCCACACCACGUUCGUGGGUCCGGCAGGAGAGGUCAUCUCCGACCCCAAGCUCAUCCGCAUGAACUACCUGAAGACCUGGUUCGUCAUCGACCUGCUCUCGUGUCUCCCCUACGACGUCAUCAACGCCUUCGAGAAUGUGGACGAGGGCAUCAGCUCUCUCUUCAGCUCUCUGAAGGUGGUGCGUCUGCUGCGUCUGGGCCGGGUGGCCCGUAAGCUUGACCACUACAUCGAGUACGGCGCGGCCGUGCUGGUGCUGCUGGUGUGCGUCUUCGGCCUGGCCGCCCACUGGCUGGCCUGCAUCUGGUACAGCAUCGGCGACUACGAGGUCAUCGACGAGGACCACAACCAGGUGCGCACGGACAGCUGGCUCUACAUGCUGGGCGAGACGGUGGGCACGCCGUACCGCUUCAACGUCAGCGGCACGGGCAAGUGGGAGGGCGGGCCCAGCAAGGACUCGGUCUACAUCACCUCGCUCUACUUCACCAUGACCAGCCUCACCAGCAUCGGCUUCGGCAACAUCGCGCCCACCACCGACGGAGAGAAGAUCUUCGCCGUCGCCAUGAUGAUGAUUGGAUCCCUUCUGUACGCCACCAUCUUCGGUAACGUCACCACUAUCUUCCAGCAGAUGUACGCCAACACCAACAGGUAUCACGAGAUGCUCAACAGCGUGCGUGAUUUCCUGAAGCUCUACCAGGUGCCCAAGGGCCUGAGCGAGCGCGUCAUGGACUACAUCGCCUCCACCUGGUCCAUGUCACGAGGCAUAGACACAGAAAAGGUGUUGCAGAUCUGCCCUAAGGACAUGCGGCCGGACAUCUGCGUGCACCUGAACAGGAAGGUGUUUAAGGAGCACCCUGCGUUCCGAUUGGCCAGUGACGGGUGCCUGCGCGCCCUGGCCAUGGAGUUCCAGACCAUCCACUGUGCCCCCGGCGACCUCAUCUACCACGCCGGAGAGAGCGUCGACAGCCUCUGCUUCGUGGUGUCGGGGUCACUCGAGGUCAUUCAGGAUGACGAGGUGGUCGCCAUCUUGGGGAAGGGAGAUGUGUUUGGGGACGUGUUUUGGAAGGAGGUGACACUAGCGCAAUCCUGUGCCAACGUCCGAGCUCUGACAUACUGCGACUUGCAUGUGAUCAAGCGUGACGCUCUGCAGAAAGUUCUGGAAUUCUACACAGCCUUCGCCAACCACUUCUCACGCAACCUGCUGCUCACCUACAACCUACGCAAGAGGAUCGUGUUCCGCAAGAUCAGCGACGUGAAGCGCGAGGAAGAGGAGCGUCUGCGGAGGAAGAACGAGGCGCCCCUCAACCUCCCGCCCGACCACCCCGUGCGCCGCCUCUUCCAGCGCUUCCGCCAGCAGAAGGAGGCUCGCCUGGCGGCCGAGACCUUCCCCGCCAACGACCACGACCUGGAGAAGGGCCACGGGCCAGCGCCGGUCCACCUCGGGCACGCGCUCGGACUCCCGGGCUCCGCCCACCAGGCCGUGGUGCUGCACGACGUCAUCGCCAGCACCAGCAUCGUCACGGUGACGGAGAGCCCCGCCACGCCCGUCCCCUGUAACUCCGCCCCCGGGCCGACGCCCGGUCCGUCCGAUCGAGCGCGGCUUCAAGCCCCGUCGCUCGGCGGCGGCGGCAUCGCCGGGACGUCGGCCAAGUCGGAGCCUCGGGCGCGCGGCUGGGGCCGCUUCCGCGAGAGCAUGGCGCCCAAGCCGGACAGCGGCGGCAGCGGCGGCGGCGGCGGCGGCGGCUGGGGCAAAGUGUCCAAGGCGGAGUCCAUGGAGACGCUGCCCGAGCGGGGGAAGGGCUCGGGGGUGCCGGAGGAGAGCGGCCUGAAGAAGACGGACUCGUGCGACAGCGGCAUCACCAAGAGCGACCUGCGGCUGGACGAGGGCGAGGCCCGUUCCCCCGGCGACCGCAGCCCGCUGCAGGGGUCGCUCAUCCCGUCGGUGGUCAUCGGGCACACGCCGGCCGGCACGCCCUCGCCGCUGCCCUCGUCCCACAUCGCGCCCAUCCCCGAGCACAGCCUGCAGGCCUCGCUGCUGGAGCUGCGCGCCGAGCUGAAGGAGGAGCUGGCGGCGCUGGGCAGCCGCAUGCUGGCGCUGGAGAGCCAGGUGGCAGAGGUGCUGCGCCUGCUGCGCCACCACAAGAGCCCCGCGCCCAGCGCUGCCCACAGCCCCGCCUCCAGCCACACCCCCACCCCCACCUCCCCCACGCCGCUCUUCCGCAUCUCCCGCCCCGCCACGCCCGACUCCGACAAGGAGGACAUCUUCAGCUGA